AUGCCGCAGUCAGCGACACAUAUGAGCAACCUUCCCAACGAUGUUCUCUCUUAUUCCCCGCUGCCACGUUCCCCAUCCCCUGCAAUUCCCCUCUGUCCGUUCCCCAUUCCCCUGCAAUUCCCCUCUGUCCGUUCCCCAUUCCCCUGCAAUUCCCCUCUGCACAUUCCCCAUUCCCCAUUCCGUGCAAUUCCCCUCUGUCCGUUCCCCAUUCCCCUGCAAUUCCCCUCUGUCCGUUCCCCAUUCCCCUGCAAUUCCCCUCUGCACAUUCCCCAUUCCCCAUCCCCUGCAAUUCCCCUCUGUCCGUUCCCCAUUCCCCUGCAAUUCCCCUCUGCCCAUUCCCCAUUCCCCUGCAAUUCCCCUCUGCACAUUCCCCAUUCCCCUUUCCCGUGCAAUUCCCCUCUGCCCAUUCCCCAUUCCCCAUCCCCUGCAAUUCCCCUCUGUCCGUUCCCCAUUCCCCUGCAAUUCCCCUCUGCACAUUCCCCAUUCCCCAUCCCCUGCAAUUCCCCUCUGUCCGUUCCCCAUUCCCCUGCAAUUCCCCUCUGCCCAUUCCCCAUUCCCCAUUCCCUGCGAUUCCCCUCUGCCCAUUCCCCUUUUGCUACAAUCGUUUCUGAGCCCGCAGCUGUCAGCACGAGUUUCUCCAGCGGCAGUACCGUUAGCAGCAGCGACGGCAGUGUCAGUGGUGCAUCUCUUGCCUCAUGCUCCUCCUUUCUGCGCCCAGACGACCUGGGGGAGUGGUGCUGCGUGGGCCUGCAGAACCCGCUGCAGCAGGCAGUGCUGAGGGCAGAGCAGAGGGCAGAGCAGGGAGCAGAGCAGAUGUGGGAGCAGAGGCGGGAGUAG